AACGGAGAGAAAAAGACAAGCAUUAACAAUCGGAAUUCACAUUUAAUGAUACAUUUUGUUAACCUACUGGGUCUGGCACAGUGGUCUCGAAUGAUUUCCUAUGCGUUGCCUUUAUAAUACUGGCAACGUUUAGCGAAAUUAUAAGAUAUAGCAACGGAUAUGUUUGUGUGUUAAACGAUGAUGAUAGAGAACAUGUUUCUCUUUGUCUACUGGUGUGGAGGUGUCAUGUAGGAGGAGUUAUUUGGAACCAAACAAGUAAAGGAUUUCCCUUAUAAAAAAGGCAAUAGAGACCGGAGCAGGCACAGGGACGUAAGAUGAGAUUCGUCAUGCACAGUUAGCACCGAGGAUCCUCCUUCCUGUUCCAGUGGUUGUGAACGCUGCUCUGAAUACAACGGCUGUUUCAAAUGUCGUCCGCGGCUCUUCAUCCUCCUGGAGAGGAACGACAUCCGCCAGAUGGGGGUGUGUCUGUCCUCCUGCCCAGUGGGCUACUACGGCAUGAGGACCCCCGAAACCAACAGAUGCAUCCAAUGUAAAAUAGAAAACUGUGAGGCGUGUUUCAAUCGAAAUUUUUGCACAAAAUGUAAGGACGGCUUGUAUUCACACAGAGGACGGUGUCUCCUUCACUGCCCCGAGGGACUCAGCACCACUAACGGAACCAUGGAGUGUGUAGAAUGUGAGCUGGGUGAGUGGAGUGCGUGGGGGCCUUGUAUGAAGAAUGAGAAAACCUGUGGCUUCAAGAAGGGCACCCAGAGCCGUGUGAGAGAGCAGGCCCAGACGCCCAGCCCAGAGACCCCCUCCACGCCCUCCUCCCCACAGCCCUGCUCCCCCCCCACAGAGACACGGAGGUGUGUCGUCCAGAGGACAGCCUGUCGGAAGGGAGAUCAUAAGAACAAAGGAGAGCGAAGUGGGGAUCAGAAGAAUAAAGAGAAGGAGCCUGGUGGCAGGAAGGAGGGGGGGCGGGGCGGGAGGGAGGGGGCAAAAGGAGGGGGCAAGAAGAGGAAGGGGCAACACCGGGUUACCACGGCGCCCAGCCUCACCACCAGACCCAGUCCUGUGACCUAG